AUGAGCUUUGUUCGUAACAAAAACAACAAACGGCAAAGAGUAGGACGUGUGCCACGGAAACCAACAUCUAAUAGAGAUAAAGAAGAAAGGCAAUUUGUUAUUAGAAAUGAAGAGGGAUACUUUAAUAAGGCUACUAAACUUGGUUCAAGUAAUGAGUUUGUUGACUUUGAAACCCUGAUUCAGCCGUAUUUAUGGACAACUGUUACACCAAUUGUUGAACCAGUAACAAGAAUCCGCGCAUCAGCUAGAAUUCCCACACUAAAGAGAUUGUGUGCUGAACAAUUGGCUCGCAACGUGGAAUAUAUAGGUUGGCACUUGAUAGCUUCGGCACCAUGGUCAAUUUGGAAAUUAGUUUGGACAAUCAUUGUAAAGACAGGACAAGACUCGCCGGAAGCAUAUGCAAAGUUUGCUAAAUUUUUCCACACUUUUCAGGAUUUUAGAGCUCAUAGGUAUUUAUUGGAACAGGGAAUACGGGGUCAAGUGAUUGGAAAAUAUUUGAUUCCAGGGUGCCGUUUGCACCGUGUUGAGACGGUUUUCCGCAAUAUUAACUUAUAUGAUACAAUUAAGUUUUUGGACAUCUGGCAACCAACUACAAUUCUCGACUUGUCGUUGAUUAAGUUGUCCCGUGAUGAGUAUUUUGCACUUUUCAAUAUUCCUAAUUUGGUAUCCUUGAGUCUCUGCAAUCACGAUAUUGACGAUACUUUUAUCUCAAGCUUGUGUUCGACUAUUAAGAAUGGGAAAUUAUGGAAACUAUCAGUGUUGAAAAUAGAAAACACCAAAGUCACGAAAACUGGAAUAAUGAAUCUAUUUGCACUAGGCAAAGAAUCCUGUGGUUUAGCAUGUAUCGAGACCGAUGUCCCAAUUGUUGAUAACAAUGUUUGGCCCACGAAUUGGCUGAAAUUAGAUAAUCAAAGUGCACUGAUUUAUGAUCUUCCUUUGGCCUUGAAAUUGAAUGCUUUGAUAAAGAAAAACAUUCUCAAGUCAACAAUUUUCAAUGACAACAUCAUGGACUUGAUGGUAGUUGAUAAAAUAUGUAAUGGCUCAAAUAUGUCACAAGAGAAUAUCGAUCUGGCCUGGGAAGCUCGGAAAGGUGUGCAUCUUAAACGAUAUAGAGGGAACGCCUACAUACGUAAACAUGCUCUUCAUAAUGUUGACGAAUCGACUGGCAAUGACGGUGGAAGCUCUACAAAAACUGCCCUCCUUUCUACAGAACAACUACGAAAAAAACAUAAAAAUAGAAUCCAAUUAAAUGCAAAAGAUUUUUUUUGUAUAUAA